UUGGAGCAAAGAAAGGAAGAACGCAACAAUCACUUGCUUUUGGUUCCUUUGUUUGGCCGCACGUACGAGCAAGUAACACGGUGAUUUGUGCUGAGAGUUCUAAAUCCAGGCUAAGUUGUUUUUGUAAACACUGCACAUUUGGGUGUAUAUUCUCGGGCUGUGAAACACUUGGGUGCGGGAACGGUUGUAAGAGUAAUUCUUCGUUUAAUUAGUGGAUUAUUGGCGGCCGGCUUUCCCUGUGGAGUAGGUUAAUUAGAAAAAUUUGAAUCACGUAAAUCUCUCGUGUUCGUUAGCAUUCCUCACUUUGCUUCUUUGUUGAUUUCUCUCGCUCUUGAUUUAAUAAGAAAGAUCCAGUCAGCUUCCGCGAUAUAUUACAACAUGUCUCUUUCUUGCCCUCGGUUAAAAAUUCAAACCCAUCUUAUCUAUUCACGGUUCUCUCUUAAACUAAGUACAGCUGCAUAAAUUCCCGUCAAAACCAUAUCUCCUUCUAGAGUUAAUCCCUGUCUCUCUUUCAUACUCUAUAACCAUGGCUCUACUUGGCUUCUUGAGGCGAUUUUUGCCGCCAUUUUCGGGCUUCGUCUUUGCUUGCCUCCUCGCCAUAGCACUCCAAAUAAUCGUCUUUUCGCCGAUAUCUCCCGACGUGCUCCAUUUACCAGAACCAUCGUCCCUUGCUUCUCUUCCCACGAACACCCACUUGCAGGGUGUGCGUAAACUCGGAGAGGGUAUAGUGAAAGGUCCGGAAGACGCAUGCGUAGACGAAAAUGGCGUGCUCUACACUGCGACUAGAGAUGGUUGGAUCAAGAGGUUGCACAGAGAUGGGUCCUGGGAAAACUGGACCAUGUUGAACAGUCAGACACUCGUGGGGAUUACAGCAACCAGGAGAGGUGGUAUCAUUGUGUGUGAUGCUGAAAAGGGUUUGAUCUGGGUUGAUGCAGAUGGUCAUGCGAACGUCCUCUUAUCACAUUUUAAUGGAUCUCAAUUAAGAUUUGCGAACGACGUCAUCGAAGCAUCGGAUGGAAGUCUGUAUUUCAGCGUAAGUAGCACCAAGUUCGACAUCCCCAAUCUGUUCUUGGACAUCCUUGAGGCGAAACCUCAUGGUCAGCUUCUCAAAUUCGACCCUUCAUCAUUGCAAUCUUCGAUUGUUGUUGACAAGUUGGGCCUUGCAAAUGGUGUUGCUCUCUCUAGGGACGAAGAUUUUCUCAUCGUUUGUGAAACUUGGAAAUUUAGAUGUUUGAAGCAUUGGCUGAAGGGAGAUGUAGAAGGAAAAACGGAAAUUUUCGUCGACAAUCUUCCUGGCGGACCUGACAACAUCAAUCUUGCCCUGGAUGGAUCUUUUUGGAUUGCCCUAGUGCAGUUGACAUCUGAACGGUGGGAGUUUGUGCACGCCUCCAAGGCAGCCAAGCACUUCAUAGCAACAUUCCCAAGUAUUAUCAAGAAAGUGAAAGGAGCGCACACAAAAGCAAGUGUUGUGAAUGUAGGAGCUGAUGGCAAAAUAAUCAAGAAGCUUGAUGAUCCUGAUGCGAAAGUCAUUUCCUUUGUUACCUCAGCAUUUGAGUUUGAGGAUCAUCUUUAAUUGGGAAGUCUCAACUCCAACUUCAUUGGAAAAUUGCCACUUACCUGAUGAUGUUGUCUAACGUAACGUUCACUUCAAUUUGUAUUUCAUGUAAUUCCAGUUCACCAAUCUCAGUAGAAGGUAGUAUUUCGCAUGGGAGGCAGUUGAGCUUACACAUAUUAUAGCACCAUUUGCUUCACCGGUCCUGACUUGCGAAACUUCGAUGCUUCAAAGAGGUGGAUUCUGUGACAAUUUCUUAGAAAUUGUUGAGUAGACCAAAUUUACCGGAUGGUCGAGCAUU